AUGAAGGAUAACAUCCUAUCUUGUCGAGGAUUGAAAGGAUUCGGGGAUAGUGUCAUACGAGAUAAGGUAAACGUGUUUACUCAGUACUCAAUUCCGUUUAAUAUGGAAAGUAACAUCUGUUAAAAUAAUUCUUAACCGCAGAAUGAUCCUUAUCAAGAUGAUCGACAUCUGUGUGAACGUAAAAAAUUUGCAACAAGAUAUGUCAUUUGAUCGAUUCAUACAAUCAUUGAUACGAGAUUUAAAGAUAUUGUAGAAAUAUAACAACUUAGUAAAAUGUAGAAAUAAACAAAGCAAUUUUAUAUCCAGCUAGCUAGAAAAUUCAGAAAAUUAUUUGGAACAUUAUAAUAUUUAUACAUACAGUCUAUAAUAAGAUCAUUUUUUUUUCACGAUAUUUUUAAUGGCAUUCUUAUGUAAAAAGAGGACAGUUAAAAAUAGAUGAUAGUUAAUAAAUUAUUAAUUAGCGAUUCCAAAAAUAAAAUACUUACUUCAGCGUCUUUCGAGUUUAAUAUUUCUUGCAACUCGACGCAUUUCUCGUUUGCUUCCUUCAAUGCUCUCGAUCGCUCGUCUAUGCAAAAGAGUUUAGAAUAAUUACUUGUGACAAAACCAUAAAUAAUGAUAUUUACUGUUUGAAGUUACGUUUCGUCUUUACGUUUCGAAUUUCCCGCCACUUUGUGUCAUACUCGCUCGAUAAAACAAACUCUUACAUUGACAGUCGUUAGUAAUUUACGUUACGCGAUAAUAGACUAUGAUUCACGUUGAUUACAUGAUUUGAGGAAGUUUACACAUACCCAUUUCCUCCACAAUGCCCUCCGAUAAGACUUCCUUCGUAAAGCUUGUUAAUUGUCCCUUUAAAUUCGACAAGCUAGGCAGCCCGUCACCGAACCACGCCAUUUUACACGUCGACACUUAGUGUUACACGUACCUUUUAACAACUAUUUGAACACCGUUUAUCGUGGUUAUAUGCACUGCAUAUUUUGGCAAAACUACAUAACUUAUUGGCAUAAAAAUAUCAAAACAUGAUCUAACAGGAACCACACACGUAGUAAUCUUCACAAAAUAUACAAGUUUAGUUGCGAGCAUUGUCGGCAACGUGACGCAAAAAAUCACUAGAUCUCUCGGAACUUUUCCAAUUUAGAUAACGAUGUACCAUAUGGCGAUAAAGAAAUCUGAUAAAUUAGAAUUUUUAUUAACGAUUUAUGACGCGUAAUUCUUUUUUAUUCUGCUGCAAGGUGAACGACAGUGAUUCACUGCCGCAAGAAAAUAAUUUUAUCACGAGAUCUUUGUUACCGACAGACUCGCUUUUUAGUUCUUCAACACGUCUGAAGAGCGCAGCACUAAUGACUCUGAAGUUGACACUUUGUUCGCGAGAAACGAUUAUUUAAUUUAGAAACAGUUGUCGUGCGUGGAAUUUCAAAUCGACGGUUUUCGGACAAUUAUCGUAGAAAAAUGACAAGAUAAUUGAUACAAGAUCUCUUCUUUGUUGAUACACGAUCAACUUAAAUUUGCUUCGGGAUUAAGUACUUUGCCGAAUAUCAGUGAUUUUUCAUAUUCUUUCUCGAAGUAUUACAGAUUGUCUGCUACAGAUUUACGAUGACAUUUUUAUCAGUAAAGUAACGAUACUUUCAUAUUCAGUGUUAUCUACAAUAUACCGGUGUUUGCUCAUAAUGACGACACGUAUUCGCUGUGAACGUGUGCGUAAAUAUUUUGCAAACGUCACUCGCGUUCGAAAUACUAAUUCACGGUAAGCCUUGGAGAAGAAACGCCGGCAUCGUUUGAAAGCGCCACGGCUGCACCUCGAAACACGCGUCAGUAACACCUGUUUCAAACAGGACGCUCCUCCGUCAAUUUCCGUUCCGUGGCGCUAAAUAAAUUAUCCGGUUGCUCUAUUCGCUCUGUUAGCUUGUAAAUCGAGAAUAGAGAACAGCCUUUUGAAACAACGAUACGUCAGAAGAGUGGUUCAGUGUCGAACGGAGACGAUUCAAAAUGGAUCUUUCCUACUCUCAUUUGCAUUCUCUCUCUCUCUCUCUCUCUCUGUUCUUUUCAGUCUUUUAAUUCACAUGUCGCGUGUUGCCUUUUAUUUUUAGGAAGUCAACUCGAUUGCAUGGGCAUUAUGGAGCAACACGUUUUUACGGAGCUUCUUUUCUCUGCGGCGUGUACCAAAGUAUUAGGAAGAAUGAUGGGCACGAGGCCGAGGUCUUCGACGGAGAAAGGGACAGACGCUUUGCUGUGCUUACAUGCAGUGCCGUAUCGUUUCUCUCGGGUACACGGGGAUGCAAAUGGAGUAGCGUUUUCAGCUAAACAAGAAAAGUCAGCUAUAAUUCUUUUGCUGUUCGAUUUCGGCGAAGAAUUCGUGGUAGCGGCCUUAACGCGGCCACUGGGAUCGGCCGCGUAAUCGCAACAACUUAACCAAGCAACAAUCGGCGUUGAAAAGGCUUCGGUGGUCGCGUGACGUGCCGCAAUUUUCGUGCACGGGGAAGAAGAAGAAGAAGAAGAAG